AUGGAUCAAGUGCAUGAACUACAAAUCCUAGUCUCUAAAUUGAAGGACUUGAAUAUUGAAGUCAGUGAAGCAUUAAAAGUUGGGGCUGCCAUAGCCAAACUUCCUCCAAGUUGGAAUGAUUACAGAAAGAAAUUGUUACAUUCUUCUGAAAGUUUCUCUCUAGAACAACUACACAAGCAUCUCAUAAUUGAAGAAGAAACUAGAAUUCGAGAUGGAAAGAGAUUUGGAAAAGAAUCUGACUCCAAUGUGAAUUUCAUUUAUGUGAACAAGUCCAACAGAUUUGGAAAGAAGAGAAAAUUGUGGAUGUCAAUUCAAACACGGAUAAUAUUGGUUCCAAAAAAAGAACAAGACAUGUUUUUCAUUGCAAGAAGAAAGGGCAUUUUCAAGAAGGAGUGCAGUGUUUUGGAAGAAAAUGAAGAAGGAUCAUGUUGUUGCUCGGGUUCAAACAACAAAGUUAGCAUUGUUGAAGAACAAGUAAAAGACCUUGUGGCUAUGGUUUCGGAUUUACAGAUCUCUAUGAUAACAGAAGUUAAUAUGGCUGCGUUUUCAAACACUAAUGGUCGGUGGUAUGAUUCCGAGCAACCAUUCACAUUUGUAAUGAUAAGAAUCAGCUCAAGGACUACGAGAUUGUCGCGAUGGACAUGA